GCUCGGCUCAUACCUAUCAAUCUAAGGUACCCAUCCAGUGUCUCCACCCGCCCGCUCAUUGGCUUCGGUGUCUGUUUCUGCAGACUGCAGGCGCUCUGACUUUGAAGGGUAACCUGAUUAGGGGACCUCAGCCAGUACUUAAGGCAGCCCAGGUACCUUCAAACGCACCAAGGGUCCUUUGUCACUGCAGCCGCUUGACCACUAGUGUGGCCAGUAACCGAGCUUUGAAUCCGGAAGGGAUGGUGGAUGGGAAUACUGGCUUGUUUUCAAGUGCCUGGGUGAUUAGUUCCAAAGAUCAGGUCUUGCUGACUGUAUCCCAUUCCAUUUUCGUCGAGGUCAACUGCGGAGUUACAGUACGCGCGGUGAGCAGAAUUGCUGCUGCUGCUGCUGCUGCUUGACGCAUGGCCUGGAAAGCAUACACCGGACCCAUCCCAUCCCAGCCUGUCUAUUGAGAAGACCAUUACUGUAUGACGUUGGAAUUUGGUGCAAGACAACACAGUCAGAACCAGCUGCAGAGGUGACAGGAGAAAUAAUAAGCUUCCAGCGCUAGAUCCGAGGCUGAGCCAAGUAUCAAAGCCUGCCAUAGGCUCAUGGCCACCGCCAUUGUCCAGCCCACCUCUGCGCCAUAAACAAGCCUCCCCGCCCUCACAGCGAUGCUGAACGGCGGUGACUCUGUUAAGAACCCGGAUCCAGUACAGACAGGCCGGCUUGACUGUACAGUAUCCCAUGGUGCUUUCGGGUCGCCGGUCCCAGUCCAGCCCAACCCCAAUCGAUCCAAACCUUCAGGCCCUGACGAAUGUUUUAUGGCUUAGACCCUGAGGGGCUCAUCCGCUCGCCUUCGAAACACACCCAAGACAGGUCCGAUUUUGCCACAUCAAGCUGCUACUUUACCCCCCUACCCCCCCUACCCCCCUGCACGCACCCGCCCGCUGCUGGGGCUGCCUGUCCCUCCUGCUGCAUCUGCAUCCGCAUCCGCGACCGCUCUCUGCGACCGUGUCGUCGUCCCUUUUCUCUCCUAAUCUUCUCCUUACUUUUUUUUGUGUUCCUUUUACUUCUGGAUUAACUUUGUACGAGAACGUUGUCUUUUUGAAGUCUUCCAGAACCCCGUCACACAAUCUUCCCUCACGUGUCCCGCAAACCUAGAUCCCCCACCUAAUCUCUGUUGUCGUCGACUUGUGUAACGAUGAAGAAGUUCGGUUUCGGCAAGAAGAGCGGCGACGACGGCGACGACGCCAGCCGCUCUGCUCUCUUCGGCCGCAAAAGCAAGUCUCCCGCCCCGGGCAACGACAAUCCCUACGCCCAAGCCCCCGCCGGCAACGACCCCUACGCCCAGGAUGGAAACAAAUUCGCCGGCAUGACACCCUACCAGCAGGCGCGAGCCGGUGCGCCAGGUGUCGGCGCCCCCGGAGGUCUCCCCGGCGGACCCCGACCUGGCGCUGGGUACGGUGCUCCCCCUCCAGCUGCUGGAGGCUACGGUGCCGAGAAGUACGGGGCUGCGAGCGGCUACGGAGCAAACCGAUAUGACAACAACCAGAAUGCCUAUGGAUCGACUCAACGACCAGGCGCUGCUGCUGGAGCUCGUGGCCCCGGUGGCUAUGGAGGCUUGGGCCGGUCCAAUAGCAACGAUACGGAUGCUGUUCGUGAUGAGCUGUUCAGCGGUGCCCAAGACAGAUAUCAGCAGAAGCCUCAGCCUGGCGGCUACGGCCAGUCUGCCGUCCCUGGCGAAGAUGGAGGUUACGGCGGCUACGGGGCUCCUCGCGAGCUCACGGCCGAGGAGCAGGAAGCCGAGGAGUACCGUGCCACCAAGCAGCAAAUCAACGAGGUCAGAGGAGAGUCUGUCCAGACCGUCAACAGAGCGCUGCAGGCCGCUAUGCAGGCGGAAGAGACCGGUCGAGCAACUCUCGCCCGGUUGGGCGCCCAAGGCGAACGCUUGCACAAUACGGAGAAGAAUUUGGACAUGGCGACGAACCACAACAAAGUUGCGGAGGACCGCGCCAAGGAGCUCAAGACGCUCAACAGGAGCAUGUUCGCCGUCCAUGUCAGCAACCCAUUCACAUCAAAGUCGCGUGCGGCGGAGCGUGACGCAGCAGUCCUCGAACGACACCGCGCCGAACGUGAAACGCGCGAGGCGACCAGACAAGAUGCCUACAGGAGUAACCAGCGCUUGGAAGAAACUUUUAAAGAUAUGACACUCUCCGGCCGGCCUCAAGCUAAGACAAAGUCAAGCGUCGCUGAGCGGUCCAAGUUCGUUCUCCCAGAGGAUAGUGAUGAUGAGGACAAUCAACUCGCUCAGCGGCAAGAGGACCAGAUUGACGAUGGUCUUGAUCAAUUGAGUGGUGCUGUCGGACGUCUCAAUGGUCUCGCCAGGGCUCAGAUGAGGGAAGUUGACCAGCAGAAUAUUUUGAUCAACAAGAUUGGUCAAAAGAGCGAUGCCGUCGACGACGGAGUCAGGAUGAACAGAGAGCGCUUGAACCGCAUCAAGUAAGCGGACC